AUGCCCUUUUGUUUUCAACAAUGUGGUGUUUUGCUUGCUACAUUAAUUCUUCUAUUGAUGGGCUUUGUUUCAAGAUUGUGUUGCUAUUUCCUCUUGAAAUCUGCCAUUAUUACCAGGAGAAGGACAUUUGAAUUUUUGGCAUUCCAUGUGUUUGGACCAGCUGGCAAGUUAGCAGUAGAAGUUGGUAUCAUCGGAUUCUUAAUGGGGACUUGCAUAGCAUACUUUGUGGUUGUCGGAGACUUGGGACCUCAGAUAAUUGCUAAAAUGUUUAACAUAAAUCAAAGCGACAUUUUAAGGACGAGCAUAAUGGUGAUUGUUUCCUUAGUGUGUGUGCUGCCCCUGGGACUGCUGAGGAAUGUUGACAGCCUGAGCAACGUAAGCGCCGCGACCAUUUGUUUCUACUUCUGCCUGGUCAUUAAGGUUAUUUUAGAAGCGACAUCUCAGUUACUGACCGCAGAUUGGCACAUACGUAUUGAGACUUGGAAGCCCUCGGGGGUUCUACAGUGUGUUCCAAUAUUCUCCAUGGCUCUUUUCUGUCAAACGCAACUGUUCGAGAUCUUCGAGUCCCUGCCAUCGCUGUCGCUGGAGAAGAUGAACGUUGUGACGAAGAACGCGAUCAACAUAUGCACGGCGGUCUAUUUCACGCUGGGCUUCUUCGGCUACGUAGCGUUCAGCUCGCAGAAUAUAUCGGGCAAUAUUCUGAUGAGUCUGAGUCCGACAUUCGCGAGUGACGUCAUCAAGCUAGGCUUCGUCAUGUCGCUGGCUUUCAGUUUCCCGCUCAUAAUAUUCCCCUGCCGAGCCAGUCUCUACUCCUUUCUAUACAAAAAGGUGCACCCCGCCCACCACGACCACAUAAUCAACCACUCGAUCCCCGAGACGACGUUCCGCUGUAUAACGGUGGCGAUAGUGGCGGCGGCGCUCUUCGUCAGCCUGCUGCUGCCCAACAUUGAGCUGGUGCUGGGCCUGGUGGGCUCCACCAUCGGCGUGCUGGUCUGCGUGCUCUUCCCGGCGGCCUGCUUCGUCAGCGUCACCUUCAAGGACACCAACGAGCGUUUCCUCGCCAAGGUGAUUCUUGUGCUGGGUCUCAUUAUACUGGUGCUUGGAACAUACGCCAAUCUGCAAGCAGCGGAGAACAAAUACGACGAUAAGUACAUCACGCAGGAGCGUAUCGACAAGAUGGUCGAGGACUUUUUCGAAAAACAGGAUAAAAUUGCAGUUAUAAUGCCCAAAGCCGAUUCGAAAAACAAUCAAGAACAGAAAGUCGUUGAAGAUAAAGUGUCAAACGAAAUGUUGAAGGACUCCGAAGUGCAACCCCCUAACCCCAUACCGCCCGAGUCUCAAUCCAACGAAAAAGCUCCCGACGCUGCCCAGCCAGCCGAUUAUAAACUAGCCGAAGAACAAGCUGUUAAAGACACACCUAAGACCGUACCAGAAACUCACCCUAAAGACUUAAGAAUGAAAAUAGAAGAAGCCAAAUUAAUCAACGGAAAUAGUCAAGCCAAAGUAGAAUCAAGCAACAUCGAGAAACCCGAAGAAGGAAAAGAGAAGAAGUCGAAAUCUGAUGCCAGUCAGGAAAAAAUUGAUAUAAUGAAAAAGCAACAGUUAAUAGAAACAAUCAAACAACACGGGGAAGAACAAAAGGAACUUAUAAAGGAGCAGAAAGAGAUAUUGCACGAGAUAUUAAAGACGAAGAAGGAAUUGGAAAAAGAUAAAAAAGAAAUGGGCGAUACCGAAGCGAAAAAGAUAGCAGUGGAAAGUAUACAAAAGAUUGCUAACAUGGCAAUACAAAGUUUAUCGGGCGUUACUGAUAAACCUGUGGGAGAAAUUGAUACAGGCGUAAGAAAAGCAGAGCCUUUGCAGAAGAUUGCCAAUGAUGCUGUGCACGAAAUUGCCAAGAAAGCUGCUGAAACUCUAGAAGCUAUUGGAGAAAUAAAAGAACCUAAGGAAGCUUUAGCAAAGUCAGUCGACCAACCAAAAGAAAACAAAAAUGACCUAAAUAUAGAGGUUAGAGAGCAAAUUAUACCUCUAAAAAUCAUAAGUGACAUCAAAUCUGACAAUAAUUUAAAUUCUAUGCCAGAAAUGGCCCAUCAAAAUGAAAAAGCUUCUAUUGAGUCUCAAAAUGUGAACAAUAUUAAAAAAGAAAACAUAAUAAUACCCUCUGGAAAAUUGGUUGUUGGCCACUUCAACGAAAAUUCUAAAAAUGAUAAAGGCGAAGAACGCCUGCAAAAAGAAAUGAAUGGGAUAGACAACCAAAUGAAAGCGGGCAAGGAACAAGAAAUUAUUAACAGGGAACAUUCGCACUCGCCAGACGAGCCCCAGUCGUACAAGCAAGGUGAAGAUUUAGCGAAUAAAGUUGCACCGAAUGCUGUGAACAAUGUUGUCGCCCCAAAUGUUCCUUUACCUAUAGCAUUGAAGGGUUCUCAGGAUAAUGUAAAGAAUAUUAUACAAAUAAGUGAGCAGAAUUUAUCACCCAAUAAUGUAGAAACAAAUAAUGAUCAACAAAAAAUCGCGAACGAUGCCAGUGGAAAUGUACAAAAUACAGUGAUAAAAUCAAAUAACGCCAUCAGUGAACAACCAGUUCAAAAUAACGAAAACAACGAGAGAGUAGUGCCGAGACAGAAGAGGGAAGUAGUCGAUUGCACUGAGAAGACAAUUUUAAAGCCGGAAGACAAGCAAAUUUGUGAAAGUUUGAUUAGUAAUAAUAACUUGCUUCCAUCGAAUGUGAAGUUAGACUUAGGUUUACCAUUGAAUCCGCCAAUGCAUUUUAACAUUAUUCAGAGGUCACUGAAGAGUUACAACGAAGACGACAGACGCAGA